AUGGAAUCGCACAGGCAUGAAGAAGGACGCGUUUUACCACCAAGCCCACAACUGGCUCCCAACGCGACGCAAGUCUUUAUUCCUGGUGGGCUAAUCGCUGAUGACAAUGAGUUCGGAACCCUCAUCUCUGCAUCGGUUGCUGAGGAAUUCAUUCCAAGAAUUGGGGCUUCCACUGUUUCAAUCCGCAUAUUGCCAAUUGGUCAGAAUUCUACAACCGCGCUGCAUCGUGCCGUAAAGGCCAUAUCCGAAACUGUCAAAAUCCCUCAAGUCUUCAGAUACAUUGGGGUCUGGCAGGUAUCAUCUUCCGAGACGUGGCUGGUGUCUGAACUCAGGAAGAGCGUGUCUCUGCGUAGUCUCUUCUCGUAUAUUCGUGAUGCCGACGUUGAAUCCAUAAUCGCCCACGUGGCAACGGAGUGCUUGAAGGAAUUGCGAGUUCUCCACAGAGAACACAAUCAACCCCAUACAAACCUGCGACCAGAGAAUAUUCAUUUAUGCGAAAGUGGGACUAUAUCUUUCAGUGACGUGGGGAUUUACCACGUUCUAGUGGACAUAUUACCGUCAGGGCGUUCACUACCGGGAGUAAAACUGUGGCCUUUCCCGAAUGACAUACCGAAGCUCCAUUUUCGGGCUGAUAUUUGGGAUCUUGGAGUCGCUUUCUUAGAGCUAGUCGACGGUGGCGCGGCAGUAGCCCGGUUAUUACGAUCCGGAAGAGACAUUCCAAGCCUCAGUAACCCAUCGCGUUGGUCUCCACAAUUCAACGGCUUUAUCACCGCCAUGUUCUCGCGUCCAAGCAAUCGAGAUAAACUCCUUGACGAAUUGCUAAACCAUCGAUUUAUUGCAGAAUCAACCUCACCUGCCUGCGAGGCCGCGAUGACAGCCUACUUUAAAGGCCGAGACGAACGCAUACAAGGCCAAUUCAUGAAUGAUACGAUAAGUAGUCUGUUUCGCCAGAACUCUGCAGUGGUGAGGGCCCCUCUGAUUAACAUUGAUGACAUUUCUACGGACCAAUUCACUUUUGAUCAUUGGCAAGGGUCUGAUUCAAGCCGUCCCACGGCAGAACUGUCUAUCUUGCGCAUGGUGCAGACAGCUCAGGAACGACCGCUUCCCAGUGACAUUGAGGAAAAUAAGGUCCUCUCCCACACGAUCCGAACGCUUGAGACAUUCCUGGAUACCGCAGACAUGAUAUAACAUUCUCGAAAAGCCACAACGGCAUUCCGAGUCUAAUGCCACGAUCAUCACCGUACCCAUGUUCACUGUAUCAGAUCUGCGAAUCUGUCGACAGAGCUGAUACAGUGAAAUCUGACAUUCAAGAAGUUUGUUCGACAUCGUCAGCAUUGCCAGGCACACUGUUCGUCUCUGCAGGGGCCUGGCGUCAAAUCGCUUUCACUAUGAUGCGGUUUCCGCGCUCGGGUCAAAGGUGAUUGGCAGAUAGGUAAAGGGACCAAUUCCUGUAGGCAAGCUCUAAACCUGAUCAGCGUGCCCUCCGCUCCGUGUCUCGUGACAUGAAUAUGUAUUUUCUAGAGGUCAGUCCUCUUGCCGCGUCCAAUUGACGAAGCCGGCGGGCUUGAAACGACUACCAUUUCGCACUGCAUACUUCGUCGGUAGUUUCGCAAGAUGCAGAGGAGUUUGCAUCUGAUUUAUGAUGAAGACUUUGCGGGAAAUUGAAUAAUCGACUGCUCUUUCCUGUGGGUCCCAUCAGCGUUCAACGAGACAGGUGAUGCUUGUCAUCUUAACCAGGGCACAGUGUCUAGUAGUCUUCCACAUAAAAGAAUCGAGGGUAGGUCCACAGGCGACAAUCCCUUCUUUCU